AUGGCGCCCUCCUUUUCAACUUUUCCUGAUCGCCUUCCCAAUCAAUCUCAUCCUCAUUCUAAAACACAAAUUAAGAAUCUUGACUGCCCACCGUGUACCGAAAGAACUUCUAAUUUACCAAAAGUAUCGCAGCAUGUGUUCAGAGAAAUCAGAACCAUCUACCAGAAAGCAAAUUUCUCAAUUCCAGGACAUUACGAAAUAACACAGAUAUUGGGCAAGGGCUCGUAUGGUGUAGUAGUAUCGGCAACUAAUAAAUCAAAUGGAAGCAGCACAAGUCGAAUUGCGAUAAAAAAAGUGACCAACAUAUUUCAUCGUGAAAUACUACUCAAAAGAGCAAUUAGAGAGUUAAAGUUUUUGAAUUAUUUCAAGGGCCACAAGAAUAUUGUCUGUCUGAUGGAUUUAGAGAUAGUUUCUGAGAAGCCUUAUGAUGGCCUCUAUUGUUAUCAAGAGCUUAUAGAUUAUGAUCUUGCCAAAGUUAUCCAUUCUACCGUACAAUUUUCUGAAUUUCACAUCAAGUAUUUUCUGUAUCAAAUACUUUGCGGUCUCAAAUAUAUUCACAGCGCAGAAGUAAUUCAUAGAGAUUUGAAGCCAGGAAACAUAUUGUGCACUGUCAACGGAACUUUGAAAAUAUGUGACUUCGGCUUGGCACGAGGUAUUGCACCACAAUUUUUGAGUCACCGAUUUGGCAGUCAUCAAAUGACAAAUUAUGUUGCCACCAGAUGGUACAGAGCACCAGAACUUAUACUCUCACACAAUAAUUAUACGAAGGCCAUUGACAUUUGGGCAGUGGGUUGUAUACUCGCGGAAUUUUACGCAAGAAAGCCUGUCUUUAUGGGGCAAAACUCCUUGCAUCAAGCAUCAGAAAUUCUAAAGGUGUUGGGUCCACCAAACCGCGAAACCAUCGUCAAAUAUGGAUCUACAAAGGCCUGGGAAUUCUUUAGUGUUUCAAAGGUAGACCAAAAGAGCACAGAGUGGUCUAAAAUGUACCCAUUUGCUUCACCCGAAGCCAUUUCUCUCUUAAACCAAUUACUACAAUGGGAUCCAGAGAAAAGAUUGAAUGUCGAAGAGGUCAUUACACAACCGUUUCUUCUGGACGUGAGGAAUGCAGACGACGAGCCAACUUGCCCCCAUGGUCCAUUCGAUUUCUCUUAUGAAGACAAGUUCACCACAAUGCGAGACUUAAGAGAGUGUAUUCAUGAGGAAGUGAACUCCUUUAAAUAUCUGUAUGGCGCGUCCAAUAGAUGA